AUGGCCACAACAACAACCUCAACUUCCACCACCCUCCGCACUCGCAAGUCCUUCGGUCGCAUUCUGCGCAGACCUGUCGCUCCCUCUGCGUCUACUCCCGAUCUCAACGCCGCCUUUACCGCUCAUUCUAGGCUGUCGGCAGCCUUGUCGCGCAAGACGUCGCUCGCUGCCCUCACCCCUAGCACCCUCGCCAGUAUCCCCGAUGUUAGCGAAACCUAUGCUCUAGACUCCGUCCUCAGCGAUCCCACCAUGAUUCCCGCCACCCCCGGCCGGCCUGCCUCUGCUGACGACGUUGUCGUCGGCGACAGCGUUGAGGUCCCUGGUGGUCUCCGAGGCACCGUACGCUUUGUCGGCACUGUCCAGGGGAAGAAGGGCCAGUUCGUCGGCAUCGAAUUGAAUCGCGAGUUUGCACCCCGCGGCAAAAACAACGGAGAUGUCGAUGGCAUAUCCUACUUCAACACCAGCGUUCCCGGCUCUGGCAUUUUCGUCCCCGUCUCAAAGGCGGUUCGACGCGAGUCGCCCAGUCAUGCGGCCUACCCUGCGACGCCAACACCAGCCGCGAACCGGCGAGGUCCCGGCCAGAGCUCGGGGUAUACGCCACCGAUGCCAGCCUUGCCCAAGCUAGGUGCAUCGAUCGGACCUGGUGCCAGGGCGCCGAGUCCCCAGUCCAAGUCGCGCCCUCGAAUGUCGCUCCCGCGACCCGAGUCGCCCCUCCGCCGAACUCAGAUGACCCCAGCACCCCGACCCUCCAUACCAUCUCCUUCCAAGAUCGUACGGCAGGCCAGCCCAGUCAAUCGAUUUGCUCAGAGUGUCCGGGGCACCGCAGGAGACCCGAGCAAAAAGCUUGGACGGCUAGAUCACAGCUUGAACAUAGGCCAGCGUAGCAAUUCUGCCAUGGGUGGCGGUGCCGUCAUGGAUUUUGAUGAUGACCCUGCGCCACUGGUGCAACGCGCCGCCAGACAGCCCGGACUGUCCACGUCCGCCUCGGCCUUUAACCUGCGACGACCGUCUUCGCGUGCAAACAACGCCAACGAAGAAGAAAUCGAGCGCCUAAAGAGCCAGCUAGAGGAUAGGGACAGUCAACUAAAGGAACAGGCCAGCACCCUCGCCGAGAUGGAGAGUAGCCUAGUUGAGCUGCAGUCCCUGAUCGAUCAGUCGGACGGCCCGAGACACCUGAGAAAUAGCAUGGAUGACAAGGACUCUGCUCAGCUUCGCCUGAUGCUGCGCGAGAAGACGGAAAAGAUUGCCAUGCUGACGGCAGAGUUUGACUCUCACCGGGCCGACUUUCGCAGCACCAUUGAUACGCUGGAGCUUGCCAGCACCGAGACGGAGCGCGUGUAUGAGAAGCGUAUGGAAGAACUCAUGGCCGAGAUCAGAGAACUCGAGUCGAGAAACGUUGAUGUGGAUUCUGUCGCCAAUCAACUGAAGCAAUUGGAGGAACUUGUCCAGGAACUGGAAGAGGGUCUCGAAGAUGCACGCCGGGGGGAAGCCGAAGCCAGAGGUGAGGCGGAGUUUCUGCGAGGAGAGGUUGAGCGAACCAGAUCCGAGCUGCGCCGCGAGCGUGACAAGUCGGGCUCUCCGGGAGGCCAGGGCAAUGGCGGCAGCGAGUCCUCCCUCGCCAAGGAACUGGAGCAGAAGGAGGAUGAGAUUCGUGGGCUCAAAGCUAUCAUCCAUUCUCUCAGUCGCGAUUCGGUUCCUGGCGAAGAGCAGCACACCCCUACGCUACACGAUUCUUUCAACGAACAAGCGGCUUUCACAACCAACGGAGCGAGCCGCGAUCAUUUGGAGCGUCGCGUGACGGAACUACAGGCGCUUCUCGACAAAAAGAACAGCAGACAAGAGGAGCUUGAGCAAGAAGUCGAGCACCUCCGCCGCAGCACCGGCGCAGACCAGGGCCAAAACGGGACGCAAAAUCAUAGAUCCUCUUUGAGAGAUUCUCGCGAUACCGUCAUUCCCGCACGUGCGGAGCCUCGCUCGCCUGAGACGUCAGCACACCGCCGAGGCAACACGUUGGAUACCAUGCCCGAGAGUGACACUUAUUCCUCCGAGACUAGCGCAUUAUGGUGCGAAAUCUGUGAAACGAGCGGCCAUGAUAUUCUCACAUGCACAAACAUGUUUGGACCAGAAGGCGCCAAGAGCAUCUCUAAUGCAGAUGGCAGCGCCAGCAGAGCCGGAGAUCGCGACACGCUCAAGGCACCACCGACGUCGCAGUACACCAAUGGCGCUGACGAUGCCGCCCGUCCCGCGCCCCUCACCACGGCCCGAUCAAAACAAGGGACACAAACUACGGCACCGAUCAAAAUCAUGCCGAACCCGAUGGAAUCUGGCCCCGUAGCGGGCAAGGAGAGCAGGGUGAUGGACCCCGAGAAGUGGUGUGCCGUGUGCGAACGGGACGGGCACGACAGCGUCGACUGUCCUUUUGAGGACGCAUUCUAA